UUGAAUAAAAUCAGUUCUUCGGGGAAAGAAGGAAGAUGAAAAAAGGUGGGUGCACAUGAAUGAAUAUAUACGCAUUUCUCGGAGUUAAGCUCACAAUUUGUUGAUUCUAUUCGAUUUGGCGUCGAUUCCAGAUUUCCAUCAAGCAUGGGGAAGAUCCUGACGACUGCUCGAUUAUGGUUGGUGAUGACGGCGGUGGCGUUUUCUUCUCCCGCGUUCAUAACCGCCCACGUUACUCCUCGCACUGUACUUAAUCGGUUGUCUUCAACCAGCUCGUUCUUAACCCGGACGGAGCUUUGGUUUAACCAGACUCUCGAUCACUUCUCCCCUUAUAAUCAUGAUAAGUUUCCGCAGCGCUAUUAUGAGUUCCUUGACUACUUUCGGAUUUCAGAUGGUCCGAUAUUUUUAAAAAUUUGUGGUGAAGGCCCGUGCAAUGGGAUAAGCAACGAUUACCUUGGUGUUUUGGCAAAGAAAUUUGGAGCAGCUAUUGUUUCUCUUGAGCAUCGGUACUAUGGGAAGAGUUCCCCUUUCAAGUCAUUGACGACAAAUAAUUUGAGAUAUCUUUCGUCCAAGCAAGCUUUGUUUGAUUUGGCUGUUUUCCGUCAGUACUAUCAGGAUUCGUUAAAUCUGAAGCUAAACAAGAAGGGUGAAAACCCAUGGUUCUUUUUUGGUGUCUCAUAUCCCGGUGCUCUUAGUGCAUGGUUUCGACUUAAGUUCCCUCAUUUAACUUGCGGAAGUCUUGCAAGUUCUGCUGUUGUACUUGCUGUCUAUAACUUCACUGAAUUUGACCAACAGAUUGGCGAGUCUGCUGGGCCAGAGUGCAAGGCUGUUUUACAAGAAACCAAUCGACUUGUUGAACAAAGAUUUGAAACAAACAAAAAAGAAGUGAAGGCAUUGUUUGGUGCGGGAGAGUUGGAAAUAGAUGGAGAUUUCUUUUAUUUACUGGCAGAUGCGGCUGUCAUAGCGUUUCAAUAUGGGAAUCCAGAUACAUUAUGCUCUCCUCUUGUUCAAGCAAAGAACGCGGGAAAUGACUUAGUGGAUGCCUAUGCCAAAUAUGUUAAAGAUUAUUACAUUGGAACUUUUGGCUCUAGUGUUCAGACUUACAAUCAGAAAAAUUUAAAAAACACCACUCCAGGUGAAGAUAGUGCGGACCGGUUGUGGUGGUUUCAAGUUUGUACUGAAGUUGCAUAUUUCCAGGUUGCACCAGCAAAUGAUAGCAUGCGUUCAUCUAAAGUGGAUACAAAGUAUCAUUUGGAUCUUUGUAAGAACGUUUUUGGAGAGGGCAUUUAUCCGGAUGUAGACACCACAAAUAUUUAUUAUGGAGGCACAGGAAUUGCAGGUUCAAAAAUAGUUUUUACAAAUGGUUCACAAGAUCCUUGGCGCCAUGCAUCCAAGCAAAUAUCAUCUCCUGAGAUGCCAUCGUACCUCAUAACAUGUCACAAUUGUGGCCAUGGAACUGAUUUGCGAGGAUGCCCUCAAUCUCAUCUAAACAUUGAAGGUAAUGCUCAAAACUGUAGUUCUCCCGAUGCAGUUCACAAAGUUAGGCAGCAGUUGGUGGAAAAGAUGGAUCUUUGGUUGUCAGAAUGUCAAUCCACCACUGGUAGGAAUAAUAUUUGAAGCACAAAGUCAAGCCCUCAUGCUUAACUCUUAACUACUUUGACUUGUUUAGAAUAAUUUUUCAAGGGUCAUAAGUGGUAAAAAGGUUUAAACACUUAAAAAGUUUUAAGUGUUUGGAACGCACCUUAAAUUACACACUCUAAUCACUGUCUGUGUGCAUUAUCCUCGAAACAGAUGUUUAAUUGCUCAGGACAUAUGAAUCCUACUCCGCAUUCUCCUGAUGUGACCAAGGAGCAUAACUUAUGUAGGCAACGUAAUUUUACCGAAUUUUAAAUAAUAUGAAUAUAUUUAUAUA